AUGUCUGAAGUCAUCACAAUCACCAAACGAAAUGGGGCUUUCCAAAACUCUUCCAAUCUGCUGUAUAACAACGCAGGAAUAUCGGACGACGAGGAUGAAGAUGAGCAAGACAUCUAUUUGCCGGAUGUAAACUCACGUUCUAAAGAUGAGUCCGACUCUCAGAUUGUGACACCCGGUGAACUGGUCACCGAUGACCCCAUCUGGAUGAGAGGUCAUGGCACAUACUUUCUUGACAACAUGACCUACUCCUCCGUCGCGGGUACAGUGUCCCGCGUCAAUAGACUGCUAUCGGUUAUCCCAUUGAGAGGUCGUUAUGCUCCAGAGACUGGUGACCACAUCGUGGGAAGAAUCGCUGAAGUGGGUAAUAAGAGAUGGAAAGUAGAUAUUGGCGGUAAGCAACACGCCGUGCUUAUGUUAGGCUCUGUUAAUUUACCGGGUGGUAUUCUAAGAAGAAAAUCUGAAAGUGAUGAAUUGCAAAUGAGAAGUUUUUUAAAAGAAGGUGACCUACUGAAUGCGGAGGUGCAGUCUCUGUUCCAGGACGGUAGUGCUUCUUUACAUACAAGAUCCUUGAAAUAUGGGAAGUUGAGAAAUGGUAUGUUUUGUCAAGUUCCAAGCUCUUUAAUCGUUAGAGCUAAAAACCACACUCAUAAUUUGCCCGGUAACAUCACCGUGGUUCUCGGGGUCAAUGGUUAUAUAUGGUUAAAGAAAACCUCUCAGAUGGACCUGGCAAGAGACACACCCACUGCUAACAACAAUGCCUCGAAUAAAUCAUCGGGCCCCACUGGAGCAGUAUCGUUAAACCCUUCCAUUACAAGACUAGAAGAGGAAUCAUCUUGGCAAAUAUAUUCAGACGAGAAUGACCCUUCCAUAUCAAACAGCAUACGACAAACAAUUUGCCGGUAUGCGAAUGUCAUCAAGGCGUUGGCAUUCUGCGAAAUCGGUAUUACUCAACAGCGUGUGGUGAGUGCUUACGAAGCUAGUAUGGUCUAUCCAAAUAUAGGCGAACUGAUCGAAAAAAACGUAAUGGAGUCCAUCGGUAAUGAUAUUCUUACCGCUGAGAGAAUGAGAGGUAAUGGCGACUAA